AGAUGUCUCGAAACACAUUGACGAUGCCAACUGUCGAUGGGCGGUUGCCGCGGCGCGGGCUGGCCGUUGGAAUACACAGAAAAACGUGGUCGAGCGCCAGGAGACGAUCUCACGGGAUUAGUGUAACCGUUACCGAUCGGGAGGGCGAAGGAAAGCGAUCUAGCACACCAACGUGGUCGCAAUACGAUGGACACAUUGCUGGCGGCCGAACCCAGUGGCUUCCUUUGAAACCAUGGAGGAUCGGUCCUAUACGGCGCGUGGCCUUUUUAGGCUAUUCUCUACCGGGGACUAUGGGGACAAGGGCUUCUCCGCGGCAGGGAGAGAACUGGAGAAGGUUGCGGGCUAUGACGAGCCCCCUAUUCGGAUUUCAGCGGCAACGGCCGCAGGCUACGUUUCCCACCUCAUCUCGGUUAGGCUGGUCCCGAAUGGCCGGUCAACGGCUCCGAGUCGGCGGCGAGGAGGGGAGAGGGAUGCUAAUUUGUAAGUCGGGAGCGAAGUUGCGCAUGGCGCAGCAAAUGCCAUGCCGACUUCGGGCGUGCCAGCGGGCUCGCGACUCGUGCGCUCGCACAGAUCUGUCGUGUGAUGGAUGGGGGAUGGCCAUGCGUCGAGGCAAUCGGGGAGGACAGCAGGGCAG